GACGUUACUGACACACGUCACAUUUAUUAUUGAAUCGAAUAAAAAAAAACUAGAAUUUCAGUCUCUAAACAAUAUUCAUUUUCUUAAAUGUAUUAAUUUAACGAAGAAAAAAAUAAUAUUUCCAUAAAAUGAACAUCUGCUGACCACUAAUUAUGUCUUCGGAAACCACUAAUUUUAAGCCUAUUCUGAAGAAACAUGGACAAAUAAUUAUCGAAGAUGUGCCUGAUCUCCUACUGUGCAAACCUCGUUUGAUACCUCUCAAGAGUUUAACUUUAGAAAAAUUAGAAAGAAUGCAACAAGAGGCUCAAAAAGCCCAAGAACAGCUGAAAGAAUCUAAAAAUCAAUAGAGACAUCCGUUGUGGAUUUCGAAACUAGACAUAGUAUAGCAAAAUGAGUUACGCACCACUCAUUUCGAAAAUUCUAUUUUCGUUCAUCCUGUCGUCGACGGUGCUGUAUCGGUAUGGCAACUGGUUUCGACAUAGAAUAUUCGUAACGUUAAUUGUACUUCUAGCAUGGUACUGUAGUUUUUUGAUAAUAUUCGCACUACCACUUGAUGUGAUAUCAACCGUCUAUCGGCAAUGCAAUGAUGAGAGAAAAGGAAACUCUACUCCUCCAGUAUGGAACUCAAAUUCAACUGACACCUUGCCUGCAACGUGCGGAACGCCUUGGAGUAAUUUACCCGAACAGGUUUUCACAAACUUGUGGCGUACUGUAUAUUGGAGUACUCAGUUUUUGACAUGGCUUGUCAUGCCAAUGAUGCAGUCGUAUAUCAAAGCUGGAGAUUUCACAGUCAAGGGAAAGUUGAAAUCAGCAUUGAUUGACAAUGCAAUUUAUUAUGGUUCAUAUUUACUAAUUUGUGGGGUUUUGCUGAUUUAUUUGGCACUCAAACCUGGUAUUGACAUGGACUGGUCAAAUCUUAAAGUGAUUGCUUCCUCAGCUAGUAAUACAUGGGGUUUAUUCUUGCUAGUGCUCCUACUAGGAUACGCCUUAGUAGAAGUCCCCAGAAGGCAUUGGAACAAGUCAAAUCAUAGUCUCACAUUGACGCAGUCCUAUUUCAAAGUUGCCAAAUUGAGUUCCGAUAAAUGCGAAGCGGAAGAAACUGUGGACGAUGUUUUAGAGUCUCUGCAGGCUGUUUCAAUCUCGGUCAGACCAGGACAUCCACUGCACCAGUACUUGGAGACAAUUUUACAGAAAGUACCGGCAGAAUUGAAGGAUAGAAUGAACCGCAGGCAACUUCCCGAAGAUACACCUGCUGAUUUGCCUAGCGAAAAAGCCCUUAUAAGAUUGCAUAAACAAACCAUCAAAUCUCUACAGGUUCUGCAAAGAACCGAAACUCAGUGGAACAUCAUGGUCCAAAAAAUAUUUGAUCUGGAAGAUACUUUGAAAAACCAAAUAUCGAGAGAGAGAAAAUUCAAGAGAAGUUUUGAAAGGGAGCGCAAUUGGUUCACCAGAUACAUUUACACGUCUGCCGUCGAAUGGUACUGGAAGUGCUUACUCUACUGUUACACGCAAAAGGCGCUAGCAAUUUUUUCUGGGAUAUUUUCAGUGAUUGUCGUUUGGUCAGAAGUGACGUUCUUCAGUGUCCAUCCUAGGCUGUCGAUAUUCGCCAUCAUCGUUCAUAAAAACUAUGAUUAUUUCUCGUUAGAGCUCCUCUCGACAAUGGUCAUCCUGUACCUGUGUUACUGCGCCUACUCAACCGUUCUCAAAAUAAGGCUCCUGAAUCUAUACUACCUGGCGCCCCAUCACCAGACCAACGAAUACAGCCUGAUCUUUUCGGGGAUGAUGUUGAGUAGACUGACGCCCCCGCUCUGCUUAAAUUUCCUCGGCCUCAUCCACAUGGACAGCCACGUCAUCAAGAGCCGCGUAAUGGAAACCUCCUACACGCGAGUUAUGGGCCAUAUGGAUGUGAUCGGCAUAAUUUCGCACGGGUUCAACAUAUACUUCCCGAUGGCGAUCCUGGUGUUUUGUCUCGCCACGUAUUUCAGCUUGGGUUCUAGGCUCCUGUCGAUGAUAGGUUUCCAUCAGUUUAUCGGGGACGAUGAGAUGACGUCCGAUUUGGUCGAAGAGGGCAGGGAGUUGAUUAAAAGAGAAAAAAAAAGGAGACAAAGAGCAGAGGAAACGUUCAAUAGGAGGAGAGAAUAUCAAGAUCGUUAUCCGACAACAGGUCGAUUCAGACAACAGAAAGACAAUAUCGACACAGCUCGUCCCAUGGACAAUCUAGAAAACACUCGCUCCGUUCUGAGGGAUUCCCACGGCCUGGACUCGUAUAGCGGAACGGGAUUCACCUCGGAAGUGGACACUAGAUUUCCUCCCGAUCAGGAUGAUAUCGACACCAGAUUUGGGGCCAGCACCAGAAUCAACGAACGCCGUAACAAUCUAUCGGAACUGGAACCGAGGUUUUCGGAUAGUUAUCAAUUGGACAGCAACUAUCGAACCAGGGUGGGGGGUGCGCCUAGAGGUAUAUUUGAUGACGUGUGAAGGGGUAUUGAUUGGUCGUGACGAAAUUUUAUUCUUGACAAAGAAUAGACAGUUUCGUUUUUUGUUCUUUGUAACGGUUGAAAUGGUCUAUUGGACCUUUUAUUGGCAAACAUUUCAGCAUGUUAAUGACGGUUCUAAUGAGCUUGCAACCCUUACAGAAAAUAAUAGGGUUCGGUGCAAUUUUAAUUAAUAAUAAAAGUUAAUGAAAUUAUUAUAAAGGAGAAUUUUGGUAAAAGCUUUGAAAAAAGUUGUCCAUGUUUAUAAUGAUGAUAUUAGAAAAUUUGCCUCAGAGUUUAAGUGUGGGCGACUUUAAAAAAAUACUAACUAUUUGGGUAAAAUAUACAGGGAAAACGAUAAAAGACAAAAAGUUUCUAACUUAGAAUAAACUAGAUUUAGUGCCGAUUAUUCCCCAUCAUUUGAAAUGUACGCCCUGUAUACUUUCUAGUCAGGCGCACUUGGCAUACAUGGUAGUAAAUAAGCUUUAUAACGUACUUGUGCAGUAUACUUUACACACAAUCCAAAAUGAUGGCAAUGUUCAUCUUGGAAAGUAUAUUUAUUAUCUGUUGUAAUUUUAAGAUACGAAAAUGUUAUUUGUCGAUCUAUAUACACUUGCUUGGCCUCUCGUUGUUUGUUGAUGGUUGAAAAGUACAUUCCGUAUUGAUUUGUAGUUAUUGAUUAUUUAUUAAAUGAACACUAGGUUAUUA